AUGGCAUUUGUUGCGCGGAUCUGGGACUUCAACGAACCCAUAUCGGCGGGCAAUUGGAAAAACAAGGUGUUUGGCUACCUGCUGAAACCAGGCGUGAACGAGAAGCUCGUCGCUACAUAUGACGAUGUGAAAGGCUUCCUAAAGGAGUUCGAGGCGCUUUACCGAAAGCAAUAUCCCAAAACUCCAGCUUUGGAUCUCGACAGGCUAUGGACUACAUUCAUGAGGGAUUUGACAACCAAGAUGAAAGUUUGGACCAAAAGAUGGUUACUAUAUCGUGCCGAUGAGAUGGCGAAGGACUGGGCGGCUGCUGCGAUUUUAAGCUACGCACAAGAAGCACUGACAAUCUUAGAGAAGGCCCAGGAGCAUCAAAAGAAACACGGGAUUGCGGUUGAUAAAUUCAAGCCCGACGUGGUUUUUAAAUAA